AUGAAUUUAGAUAUCAGCGACUCGGAUGACAUUAAAAAUCAACAGAACUCUCGUGAAAGCAUGAACUCCAGUCUCUCACUUGUCGCUCUAAGGGUCAUCUUCCUACUCGACCUCGCUAAAUCGAGAUGGAAGGCGAAGGGAAAUGGCUGUGGGAAACAACAGGGUUCUUUAACUGUUUCAACCUCUGUUACCAGCUCUCCCUCGCCGCCCGGGAAGCCACUGACGAAGGAAUGCCUGACCCGAACUCUCACGCAUCUCUUCAGGAAGGUUCCUCCCUUGCGAACGUGUUACGGGCGGAGAAAUGGCGACACAUGGCUCAGGGAGAUGGCAAAGGAGAUCGUUGACUUCGAGGUGGUUCCAGAGACCACGAUGCGAGACAUGCAUAGCAAGCUACAGCAUCGCCACUACGACACCUGGACGGGCCCUUUGUGGUGUGCUCGGCUCUGGCCACGACCACAGUCCUCUCUCCCAGAUGACGAGCUGGGAUUCGACAAGUCUCGAUACCCUCACGUAUACACGCUGUUUUUCGGUUUCCAUCACGGCAUUACUGAUGGCAACACCAACAUGAGGAUAUGCGGCUUCUUUGUCCAACUCCUCAAUGACGUGUUGGCAGGAAAAUCAAUCCAGGAUGAGGAACAACUGGGCAUCCUCGUAUCCGACGAGAGGACAAAGAAGCUACUGGAAGAGCGAAUAGCAAAUAUGGAGGCUGACCCUGAAGUUAAGCAACGGGCACUGGAUGAUUACAAUGCUCGCCACACAAAACACUCCAUGAUAGAAUCGACAUUUAAAGGUACGGGCGACAAAGAAGGAAGGAGUUUGGUGUUGGCAAGGGAUGUGGACGUUGCCACCACUAGCCAGUUUGUGAAACGUUGUCGUACUGAAAACGUUACUGUGAACUCGGCCUUCACAGCACUGGCUAACGUGGCCUUGGUGGACCUUCUUUUGGAGGGGGGCCUUCAGCAGGACACGUACAACAUUCGUGGGGACCACAUCUUGAAUGCUCGCCGAUACUGGGAAGGCGAUACGUCUCCCUAUCUCGGGUGCCACAUUGUGCCUCAGCUGGCAGUGAUUGUCCCAACACCACGUGAUAUUGGUGGAAAAUUCUGGGAGUACGCGCGGUUGGUGCAUGCGGAUAUGAAGCAGAAAUUAGAGGCCGGAACAGCGUUACAAGACGAGGCAGUAAAAUAUUUCAUGCCGAACAGACCUAGUUUCGAAACCAUUUUUACAUGCGAAUUCGGUGUAACCAACAUGGGAGAUGUGACAAAAUUGGUGACGGAAGGUGGCGAACAUGUACAAGCGCUGCAUGUCUUAAGGUCUGUGAAUGUGGACGGUAUUCCUUGCACUUGGACUCACCUCUGCCACACCUUCCGCGAUCGCUUUAUCCACGUUCUCAGCUACAACACAGCAUCUAAAUCUUCGGCUCACUUUUACACUUCACAAGGCAGGCUGAAAUACCUUAAAGGCUUAGGUACUGCUAAAUUUCAGCCUAGAUUCCUGCAAAAGCCUCCUUCCAUCACAGUGAAAAGUUCACAGGAUAGAAAAGCUACAAGAUUCAGAACAGGUAGCUACAAUUUCUAA